AUGGUUGAUAGUGAGGCUCAGGUGAAAACGUCCCGUCCUUGUCUGGGAAUUAAUGCUCGAGCUCGAUCCUAUUUACAAGACCAUCAGCAAUAUCGUCCACCACAACAAGACGGAAUUGACAGCAUAGUUGAGGGCGGCCGAACUACAAAUCCUGACCUAUCAGAAAAAUCAUUCAAUCAAUACAAUGGAGUUCCAUCGCCUAAGAUUCCAUUUAUGAUCGUCGACAGCAAGCUGACCCAUGCCUACUCCCACACAAAUUGCCAACCAGUCCCUGGGCGCCAGCCAGAUAGCCUCAUUGCGACCAUACUUUAUAAAACAAAGUCGCCACAACCCCAAACCUUACGACACUCGCGCGACCAUUCCCCUUCUCCCACGCAAGAUAAAAUUGCUGUUAUUCCUCCGGCACUGGCACCGGUGCGUUCCAUCUCUAGUUUUCCCUUCGAGCCGCCGCCACCAGAUCCAGAUCCACUUGACCGGCUUUACGGCUCCUACAUUUCGCCAAUAUGUUUGACCUCUUUUCUACACCUUUUUUCAUCACUUCCAAGUCGACAAGGAGCGCCGCCACUUGUUUCUUCUCACCGAUGUCUUGAUAAUCCUAACCAUCCGUUAGCCAUUGAAAUAACUCUCUCACCUACUCCUGACCCAAGUUAUUUGACACUUUCAGAUCUUCGAAAACACGAACUUAUUUACCGCUUUGAGCGCGAAUGGAACGUUGAUGUGAUUCUACAACAAGACUCUGUUUUUCGACGAUAUCCGCGUCUCGUUUGUUUUGACAUGGACUCGACGCUUAUCAAAGAGGAGGUCAUUGAUCUUAUUGCUGCAUCAAUUGGAGUUGAAACUGAAGUAUCUGCUAUUACAGAGCAAGCCAUGAACGGUGAACUGGACUUUCGUAGCUCCUUAAAAGCAAGAGUUAAAUUACUUCGAGGUGUAAAGGAAGACAUAUUUAUCAAGCUAAGAGAAGUAAUCACGCCAACAAAUGGUGCCCGAGAAUUAUUGAGGGCCCUGAAGCGUAUCGGCGUCCGAACAGCUGUAUUUUCGGGUGGAUUCAGCCCAACGACCCAAUGGCUCGCUAAAGAACUCGGUAUCGACUACGCGUAUGCGAAUGAUUUAUCUAUAGAUGAUGGAAUACUCACUGGCGAAGUACAAGGGAAAAUUGUAGAUAGAGAACGUAAGCGUGAAUUGCUUAUUGAGGUUGCAGAAAAGGAAGGGAUCUCUCUCAGCCAAGUUGUUGCCGUGGGAGAUGGGGCAAAUGAUUUAUCAAUGCUAGGAGCAGCUGGGCUGGGCGUGGCUUGGAAUGCAAAACCUCUUGUGCAGAUGGAGGCGCACGCAAGAUUAAAUGGGACGAGUCUUUUGGAUCUCUUGUUUCUUUUUGGCUUCACAGUUGGAGAGAUUGAAAAGCUGUCAUGUUGA